AUGAGUAGGAAUAUUGACAAAUCAAAUUCUGUGCUAGUCAAAUAUCAGGAACAGCAGGCUGCUGACAAUGGUGGGUACAAGGAUUAUUCGCGAUACAAGAGACCAAAGCGUGUUGCAUCCGUUACUAAUAUCAAAGAAGCCAUCCAAUGGAGACUACAAUUGAUAAAUGAAUUCAAAGUUCUGAAUACUAGAGUGUUUGACCCUUCAUUAAGUGAAGAUGAUUUAAGAGAGGUGAACGACCAAUUAAAUGUUUUGGUACAGGAAAAAAAAAGAUGGGAUUGGCACAUUAACAACAAACUAAGAUCUUCGUCUUCAAAAAUUGGCUCUAAUCUAAAUGAUCGGUUUGUCAUAGGCGGGAAAGUCGUACUAGGUAAGAGAUAUUUUGGUAGAGCAAUUGAACUACCGGAGAUAAAGGAUUACAUCGAAGAACAGAAACGGAAACAGUUAUUAAGCCAACCAAAACAAUUAGUCAAUGCCAAGAAAAUUCCAUCAAUAAACGCAAAAUCAAAUGAUGAAAAGGCACAAAUAUAUUACGGCCAGUCACUCGAUGAAGAUGCCAAACUGAAACUUGAUAGUUUUGAAAAACAUUGGACUCCAAUAUUACAAAGAGUGAGUGAUACCAAAACUGAUAACACACCAUCAUCAACACACCGUAUCACAUCUCACAUACCAACACAACAUGAGAUGGAGAAUUGGUUAGUUGAGCGCCGUAAACAAGAUCUUCUCAAGAAACUUGACUUGUGA